AUGGCGAUGGAGGAGGCGGUGUCCGACAACACCAAGGGCCUGGCGCUCGCCGUCGCCUCCAGCGCCUUCAUCGGCGCCAGCUUCAUCCUCAAGAAGAUCGGCCUCCUGCGCGCCGCCAAGUGCGGCGCCCGCGCAGGUGGUGGAGGAUACACUUACCUCUCCGAGCCACUGUGGUGGGCCGGAAUGACCACAAUGCUGCUUGGGGAGGUCGCAAACUUCAUUGCUUACAUAUUUGCGCCAGCUGUACUCGUGACUCCACUCGGAGCGUUAAGCAUAAUCGUGAGUUCAGUGUUGGCGCACUUUGUGCUCAAGGAGCGGCUUGAGAAGCUCGGGGUACUUGGAUGUGUAUCGUGCAUAGUAGGCUCAGUUGUUGUUGUUAUGCAUGCUCCUGAAGAGCAUAUGCCAAACUCUGUCAAAGAAAUCUGGAACCUAGCUACCCAACCAGGAUUUCUAGCAUAUGCGGUGACAACAUUGUUACUCGUGGGAACACUAGUACUCUUCUUUGAACCUCGAUACGGUCAGACUAACAUCCUGAUAUAUCUGGGUAUCUGCUCUUCAAUGGGAUCACUAACGGUUGUUAGCAUCAAAGCCAUUGGUGUUGCCAUAAAGCUUACGCUGGAUGGAGUGAAUCAGGCUGCUUAUCCAUACACAUGGCUUUUUCUUAUGGUUGCAAUUGUCUGUGGGGUUUCUCAAAUAAAUUACCUGAACAAGGCACUGGAUACCUUUAAUCUGGCUAUUGUUUCCCCUAUUUAUUAUGUAAUGUUUACUACCCUUACAAUAGUGGCGAGUGGAAUUAUGUUUAAGGACUGGGCUGGUCAAAGCUUUAGUAGUAUUGCUUCUGAAUUAUGUGGCCUAAUAACCAUCCUUUCUGGGACCAUUUUGUUGCACACAGCAGAGGAGGGAGCCAACAAUUCUGCAGCUUUGUUGCCUUGGCCUUUGGAUAAAGGGUCUAUAUCAUGGUGUAUCAGCUUAAGCAGUGACAAUCUGUUAAAGAAUGUUGAAGAGGACUACUUCGUAGCUCUGCAAAGUUCACCUGCCCCAGUAUGA